ACCUGAAUCAAAACAAAUUUCGCCAGCUUUCUGAUGAGAAUUUUGUGGUAAACAGUAAAAUCAAUACAUUGCAUUUAUCGGGAAAUCCGGUGGAAUACAUUACUCCCAGUUUUGUUUCUUCACUAAAAGUAUCCGUUCUUUAUUUAAGAGAGACCCGUCUGGCAGUAUCGGAGUUUUCGAAUUUCUUUUCUGGAGUCAAAUUGUCACAUUAUAUUCAGGAGAUAGGAUUGUCAGAUUCCAGCCUUCAUUUAAUAGAUCCAGGUUUCUUCUCCCCUCUAAAGGGAAAACGUCUCCGAACUCUUGACAUUUCUUUAAGUAAGAUUGGGAGUGUCCAGAACAAUUCAUUAACAGGUUUAGAUGGGUUGACUCAGCUUCUCCUGGGCUGUAACUGCCUGGGCAGUGUUGAACCAAGAUAUUUUAACGGAAUGGUAGCUCUAACCAAACUCUCCCUCGAAGAAAAUAAUAUCAAUGUCAUCAACAGUCAAAAUGAAAGUUGGGAUCUAUCACUAACUCAUCUGAAUAUAGCUCGUAACCAGUUUAGGGAGAUUAACAGCUCUGCAUUCCAAGGACUCCAUACUCUCCAGUUCCUUGAUUUAAGUGGAAAUAUCGAAUUGCGUGUCAUUGAUGAAAAUACCUUUGCCAAUGUCCCGUUCCUCAAAAUGUUAGAUCUGUCAGGUACAUCUAUAACUGAUCUGCAUGCAAUACACCAUCUUCCUUUCCUAACUAGCCUAAUUCUACAAUCGGCAUAUUGUCCCAGUCACCUGAUCCAGCCAGGUAAUCUUGGUAAUGAAACGCCUUCUCUGGCUGAACUAAAUUUAGUCGACGCUGAACUCUUUACAAGCAAGCUAUGGGAUCCCAACAGCAAGACUUCAUCUUUUCUUGGCCUGUACAGGCUAUCAAGGCUGGAGCUAUCAAAGAAUGCACUGUUUCCCCUGCCUGUAGGGCUCUUCAAAAAUCUAUCCAAUCUUAACAUUUUACGUUUAGAUGAUUGCAAGAUCCAUGAGCUGAAUAUUGGUGUUUUGGAUGAUCUUAGAAACUUGUCCCAAUUAGAUUUAGCGAAUAACCUAUUUGUUUUUCUUCCUCGAGGUGUAUUUGACAAGAUUAAAAACUUGAAGGAACUGAUACUUGAUGGGAAUCAAUUAUCAUAUCUUGAUUCAAAUCUCUUCAAGUUCAACAUGGAUCUUACUUAUUUAGACAUUUCCAAUAAUAAUCUAGCGGGCUUGAACAAGAGCACGUUUGAAUCCUUGGACAGACUUCGUGUCCUUGAUCUGGCGUAUAACCCUUUGGUCUGCAACUGUGAUCUUAAAUGGCUACACAGUUGGUUGAAAGGAUCAGUAGAGAUUGUAAAUUCAUUGGAUACCACCUGUCUCUAUACUCCGGCCACCCUGGCGCCCUUCGGGGGGAAGCAACUGAUCACCUUUGAUCCAAGUAAAGAUUGCGCUGUGAACAUCGCGCUAUACUGUGGCCUUUCCGUAGUUGUUGUGAUGCUUCUCCUAAUAUUAGGUUUGGCAUACUAUCAUCGAUGGUGGAUUGGGUAUCAGUUAUUCCUCUUCAAGCUCUGCUUCAUCGGUUACAAUGAAAUCCGUGAGGACGUCCCUCGAGGAAACUUCCUGUACGACAUCGCCAUAAUGCUUCACGAAGACGACGAGGAAUGGGUCGAUGAACACCUUCGGCCAGCUCUCGCUGAAAGACUCCCGGAUUACGACCGCAUCGUUUGCGGUGAUAACGAGCUCAUGAUUGGUAUGCACUACCUCGACGCUGUCCACUAUGUCGUCGAAAAGAGCUUUAAAACUAUAUUCGUCAUUAGUCGUGCUGCUUUGCGGGACCAGUGGUAUCUUCUGAAGUUCCGGACAGCUCUUGAGUACAUCAACGACGUUGCAACGGAGAAGAUGACUCUUCUCUUUGUUGAAGACAUUGGUCAUGAAGAACUUCCUUUCCUGAUUCGUUUAUUCUUGAGCGAUCAUCGACCGUAUCUCGUCUGGUCUGAUAACGAAAGGGGUCAGCAUUAUUUGUGGGAAGAAUUGGUGAAAGUCGUCACGGUCAACCUUAGAUGCAACAAUCUGGUACCUCCGUGAUACUGGUAACUGAAUACGAACAGGGUAUCUGAAGCAUUCAAUGAAUGGAUCGGCCCUGAUGCGAUUACCAUUGUCAUAAUGAUGAAUUACAGCGAAAGCGCAAUUGUACACCCACACCCACAUAGUCACCCUCAUAAUUACUCACACACAUACACACACACACACACACACACACACACCAGUGAUCAUCCAAACGUUGUUGUUUAGUAGGUCCAUGUCCAAACAUUGCAAGGAAAAUAAAUGUCAGCCCGAUAUUAUGGUUGUUUUAGUGUCUAGGAAAGUUUGGGGCUUUACGGGUUUGUAUUUAUGCGGAUGUGGAGUGUGUGUGUGUGCGUGUGCAAGGUGGAGAAAGGGGUACGUACCGCUUGGUAAAUCUUCUACGAACUCUCUUUUCUGUUACUGUUGAAGUGUCACCCCCGUAUAGAACUCCGCUUUAGGCUUUCUCUCGUAUUUUGCCUCCGAUCCUCUCUCCCCAUCUCGCCUACCUCGAACAUUCUCUUGCUCUCUUUUAAUCAAAGCGCCAUGUUUCACAUAUGCUGAAAUGGAAACUAAUUAGACCGAUGCUCACGUGUCAUGGCGGUGAAGAUUCACACAAAAAAAUUCCCUUCCAGAGCUUAUGAAUGAAAUUUGAUUAUCCUCUUGGCAGCUUAUUUGAUUUUCGUUAUCAGACACUCGACAGACAAAACUCCGCCGUUUCCGGGUUACCCACGCGCUCUAAAAUCUAUCUUUUUGAAAUUGAAUUCAAAACACAGAAUUUAAUGUCCGGGUGGGCUCUGACUUAAUACAAAUAUAACUCCCUUCUUUAUUGUAAAAAGAAAGUCGUGAUGAAAUGCCUGACCUAGGCAACAAAACUAUGUUCGGCAUGUUUCCUGAUGUCGGUUAAUGGCAGAAGUUGUCCAAAAAUAUAAUAAAGAUAAAACCCAAGAGAUAGGAAAGCAAUUGACAGCGAGGUCUUGAAUUUUCAUGCCCCUACUAUUGUUGUGAAAUGCGAUAUAAUUUUUAGUAGACGUGUAUAUGCGUCUGUCCUUACGUCUUUACAAAAUGUUUAGAGUAAAUUUAAUUUCCUGACAGAUGGUCUUAAUAUCAAUUAAAGGGUUAUCCUGGCAAAUAGUUUGUAGUAAAAUAUCAACAUAAAAAAUAUAUUACAGAGGGUUUAAAAAAAAAUCCAUCAAAGAA